AUGGUUUUCGUGACAGCCUACGAAGCUCUCGGCCUUGCUGGCCUCGAGCAUUCUCUGGAGUCCACAGGCGCCAAAGCCAUCUUCGUGGAUCACCAUCUCUGUCAAAAGGUGACUUCUGCAAUGACAAACAGAUCUCUUCCACGAGUUGAGGCCAUAGUCUAUAACGACCAGCCAAGUGGUACAUUUGAUGCAGGUGCUGAGUGGAUCAAAGGCUUGUUCGAACUCAAGAAGACACAACCAGGGCUUCAAAUACUCAGCUUCAGCCAGCUAUGCCAGGUUGGCCGGAGCAAGAUGAGUGAGCCUGUUCCACCUGACAGGGAGGAUCUUUGCGCCAUCUACUAUACUUCUGGGUCUACAGGAAUACCGAAAGGAGUUCCGGUGAAACACAAGGCCGUUGUAGCGGCAGUCACAGGUCUUGACUCUGUGAUCGGCGACUAUCUCUCGUCUUCCGAUUCUUUCCUCGCAUACUUACCAUUAGCUCAUGUUCUUGAAUUCGCCUUCGAAAAUAGCUGUCUCUACUGGGGUGUGAAAAUGGGCUACGGUGGUGCCCGUACGCUCUUCGACCGUAGCACUCCAUCCGGCACUCUCGAAGUGGGAGACAUGCAUGCCUUCCAACCCACCUUUAUGAUCGGUGUUCCUGCUAUCUGGGAAAGGAUUAAAAAGGCGAUUUUGUCCAACGUGGAAAAUUCAAGCUUUAUUGACAGACUUGCUUUCUGGUCGAGGCUCAAAGCAAGAGAAGUGUGGGCCGCAGCCGGAUUGGCCGGGACAUGCGGCUUCAAUGGGGUAUUAUCGUCCGCCGCCAGUGAGGUGGUUGGGCCCCGGCUGCGGUUCGCCAUGUCAGGCGGCGGGCCCGUAGCGGAAAGCACACAGAACUUCUUGACCAUGGCGAUGGCUCCUUUGGUUAACGGAUAUGGCUUAACCGAGACAAUGGCCAUGGGUGGUCUGAUGGAUCCCGGCCAAUGGCGACCAGGAUCUAUGAGCAUCCCGGCCAGUAUAGAAAUGAAACUGGUUGACUGCCCUGAUGCAGGCUACCUCACCAGUAACACUCCAUCACAGGGGGAGAUCUGGAUACGGGGCGAUAGUGUUAUGGAAGGGUACUAUGACAACGACGAUGAGUCCAAGAGUGCAGUCGCGCCUGGCGAUUGGAUCCGCACUGGCGAUAUUGGGCAGUGGGAACCCACAUGCAGCGGCGACGACUUCCAUUUCAGAAUCAUUGACCGGAAGAAGAACCUCGUCAAGACACUCAACGGAGAGUACAUCGCGCUUGAAAAGCUAGAGUCUAUCUACCGCUCUGCAAAGCUAGUGGCUAACAUCUGCAUCCACGCAUCGCCUCACCGCGCAAAGCCAACGGCUAUAGUCGUUCCUUCACCGCCAGCUUUGAAGGACCUAGCUAAGAGACAUGGUUUAGAUACCCCCUGCGAAACAUCAGCGCUUAUACGACAUCCGUUUGUCGUGCAUGGCGCCCUUCUGCAAUUGCAACAGACUGCUCAGGAGGCCGGACUUGCCUCGAUUGAGGUGGUAGAGGCUGUUGUGCUUGUUGACGAUGCAGAAUGGACUCCUCAAAAUGUUAGUGCCAUCAUUCAGAACUGA